AAGGCGCGCCAGCUAUAACCCCUUCGUCCCCUCUCCUCUUCUUCUACCUCGCGACCACUUCACUGGACUACACUACCACCUCUCUCUCGCUCUCUCUCGCGGCCAUGGCGUCGUACAGGUUGCUCGUCAUCCUCGUCUUCUCCGCGCUCGUCGCCUUGGCCGCCGGCGACACCUACCCGGCGGACUGCCCCUACCCAUGCCUGCUGCCGCCGCCCACGCCGGUCACCACCGACUGUCCGCCACCGCCCUCCACGCCGUCUUCCGGCUACUCGUACCCGCCGCCGUCGUCCUCGUCUUCCAACACGCCGCCGUCGUCGUCGUCGUACUGGAACUACCCACCGCCGCAGGGCGGAGGAGGCGGCUACAUUCCCUACUACCAGCCUCCCGCCGGCGGUGGCGGCGGCGGCGGCGGUUUCAACUACCCGGCGCCGCCUCCGCCCAACCCCAUCGUGCCGUGGUACCCUUGGUACUACAGGUCGCCGCCGUCGUCGCCGGCGACGGCGGUGACGGCGCGGGGGCGUUCGCUGCUUGCCUCGGUGGCCGUGGUAACAGCUGCUGCUGCUGCUUUAAUUACCGUGUUUUAAUGUAGCUCUCUUUUUCUUCUUUUCUCUAGUUUUAAUUUCUUUAUUUUGGAGAAAUAUAUGAUGAGGCAGCAUUGUUAUUCUAUACUAUAUACAAAUAUGAUCUAUUAUAUUGCUCUAGUUUCUCCUCUAAAUUUUUGACUUAAAUAAUUUAGUUUGAUGUGUAGUGGAGCAACUAUUGCAAGUUCUUCAAAUCGUAAUGCUACUGAUCACAAGAA